AGAUCUAGUAAAAUGGGACAUCUCCAGCUGUCUCAAGUGUUUUGAAAGAGGUGGUAGAGGUUGAGUUCUGACUGGUCAAAUGAAACGUUUACCAUCGCAGUUUGACCCACCACGGCUGCUGUAGUUAGAAGAAGAUUAAUGGGUUUUGACGUGGAGUAUUUCCGCAAAAACUGGAUUGAGAAGCGACAUGUAAUUUAGCUGGGUUGCCGUUUUAGCUAGCUAGAUUGAAACGGAUUUUAGGGUCCCAGGUAUACCAUUUUUGUUCGCCCCUCAUAAAACAGAACAUCAUGAUUAAAGCCAUACUAAUAUUCAACAACCAUGGAAAACCUCGGCUUUCUAAAUUCUACGAGCAUUAUAGUGAAGACACAGAACAACAAAUCAUCAGAGAAACAUUUCAUUUGGUAUCCAAAAGGGAUGAGAACGUCUGCAAUUUCCUAGAAGGUGGAAUGUUGAUCGGUGGGUCAGAGAACAAGCUCAUCUACAGACACUAUGCUACGCUCUACUUCGUAUUCUGCGUCGAUUCCUCGGAGAGUGAGCUUGGCAUCCUUGACCUUAUCCAGGUGUUUGUGGAAACUCUGGACAAAUGCUUUGAGAAUGUUUGUGAACUUGACUUAAUUUUCCACGUGGAUAAGGUACACAAUAUACUGGCAGAGAUGGUGAUGGGAGGAAUGGUGCUAGAGACCAACAUGAAUGAGAUCAUCACACAGGUGGACGCCCAAAACAAAAUGGAGAAAUCGGAGGCUGGUAUUGCAGGUGCACCUGCUCGUGCUGUAUCUGCCGUAAAGAACAUGAACCUUCCCGAAAUGCCCAGAAACAUCAACAUCGGAGACAUCAGCAUAAAAGUGCCAAACUUACCCUCCUUCAAAUAGCGGCAUGACCCACUGUGCCGAAGUUGACCAAUGUUUACCAUGCAAUUUGUUUACCAAAAUCUAAACAAAUAUCAACAAAGAUCAUGAAGGUACUGUGUGAAUUCCUUUGGUGUUAAAUCAUUAUUUGUUUCCUUGUUUUAAAUAACUGUCAUUGAUGUGGCUAUGUUUGAGAAAAUUUAGUAUUUAUUUAUUACAUUCCUCUACCCUCACUGGAGGUGUUACAUUAUGUAUUGGCUGCUACAGUAUUGGAAAAUCAUACCUUAGUAGUUUGUAAAACAAACUGAACAGAAUAUUCUUAUAUACAAUAUGAUGGAAUUGUAUUUCUUUGUCUCAUCAGUAUACAACAUUUUAAAUGAUCUUGUCUUAACAAAUUAUUUUCUCUUGAUUUUAAUCAGUGCAUGUAAGUUUUUUUUUCUCCUUUUUGCAACUCAAUAAAGUAUUGAAUCAUUUAA